AAAGUCAUGGGCUGGGAAAGUCCUGUCACCUGUCCCUUUGCCUUUUCCUGUGUGAAGCUGUAUGUGCGUGUGAAUGCAAGUGUGCAUUCUCUGGAACUCUAGGGACAUCAGAUAUCCUCACAUCAGUGGUGUGACUGGGGAAAACCUCUGAAGGGAGAGCAUUUUCUUUGGUCAUCUGAUUGUCCAAGAUAAUGCUAGGUUGUAUCUGGGAUUUAGUUCCAGGGUUAAGGGUCAGAAUUUAGAUUAAGGAUCAGCUACAUUUAGCAUUAUCGAUGAAAAAGGAGGAUUCAUUUUUUUAAGAUCAACAAAUUAAUUGUUUGGGCUCCAAAGUGAUAAAAACAAACAUCUCCCAAAACUUGUUUUGUGUGAGCGACACCUCAAAAUCCCCAAAUCCUUGAUGAAUUACUUUCAUUGAAGACAAAACACAGCAAAAGUUCACAUUUUCAAACAUUUUAGAUAUAUAUUAAAAAAAAGGGGGGGAAUACAUAGAAAAAGAAGAUUACUAGAGCAGCUGGACUAACAAUUAUCUCUAUAAAUUGCCUUCCAAUUUGAUAUAUUCUGUUGCCAAAUGUAUCACUGUACACUGUCCAUUUUGUUUAGUUCUCAAAAAAAUUGCAUUAUCAAGUGUGUGUCGGGGGUGCUUGGGUGUGUCCAGUUGUGUGUUUUCUAAGAUGAUUUAGUAUUCUGUUUUAAGGGCAAACCCCCACCCCACCGCACACCCACACUAACACCUCUUAUCUUCAUCUCUCAGUCUUUCGAAACUCGCUAUUUACAAAACGUUGACAUGCAAAACAUAGAGGAAAUGCCCUGACUGCCACCUCUGUCAGUGGUCCUCUUAUCAGCUUAUCACAUCACUCUGUUUCACCUCCAAAGGGGCCAUUUCGGUGGUGUCGGUGUAGGUGAUGAUGAUGAUGAUGAUGACGAUGCAUGCAGGAUUCAUAGAUAUAAAUAUGAUGCUUCGUGGACAGUUGAAGCAUACGAUCGCCAGGAUUGCUACGACGCAACAUCUGCUCACAUCAGUUUUUUCAUCACAUCACUUCAGUGUAACUUCAUCGAGAUGGGGGCUUUGUCACUGUGGAUAUUCGGGCUUCUGUUCAUCAGCCUCGCAAGAGCACAUGAGCUCAACCACUUUCCAGAAAACUUUGUGGUGGCAAAAAGGAAUGACCCGAAUCCAGUCACACUGACCUGCCGUUCAAAGACCGACGAAGCCGUCACAUGGAAGGUUGAAAAUGAAGAGAUGGAGGAUGUCAAGUUAGAUGACAGCAUCAGGCAGGUUGGUCAGAAUCUGGUCUUGACGGACAUAGAUACACCCAAACUGGGCCAAUACAGCUGCUGGAGAGAGCAAGAGAUGUUAUCAUCAACCUAUCUACUGCUGCUGGAGGAUGAAGAGGAAGAUGAGUCGGAUUCUCCCAUCCAUUGUCGGGCGAAGUCUUAUGAUUGUACCUUCAGCUGUAAGUGGACCGACAGUGAAUACAAAGCAGUGCGCCUCGGACUGGGCGAGAACUGUAGCAGUGAAGGUGAUAAAUCAUGUCAGUGGAUCAGCAGCAAAGAGCAGCUCCAAGAUGGGGGAUUCCAGUUUGAGCUGGCCCACUCCCUCUCCCCUUAUGCUGAGGAAAGCACCAUGCUGAUUGUCACUGCUGAAGCCAUCAGUGACCUCUCCAUCGUCAGGAAAACCAAGAGAUUUUAUCUCAGAGACAUUGUUCAACCUGAUAGUCCCCAGAUUGUCAAGUGUCAGGAGGUGGAGCAGGACCUGAACGUGACCAUCAACCCACCAUCCAGCUGGUCCUCGCCUCACAGCUUCUUCAGACUGGAGCACGAGAUUGAAUACGUGUUGAAAGACAACGGCGAGCACCGACUUUCCACAUCUGCUCUGGUACCGAAGAGUAUCAGCAUGCUGAGGGUCCGAUCCAGAGACCCGCUGGUGCUCUCUGCCUGGAGCCAGUGGACUCCCUGGAAAAAUGUAACCUACUGAUGUUAUUUGAAUGCAUCACGUCUGCUCCUGCUCUGUCAUUGUUCUCAUAUUGUAUGUCUACACUGUCCUCUCACGUCCUCUCACCUACUGUUUUCGUACUAGUCACACACUGACAACCAAGAGAUUAACACAGCUAACCCCAGAAGCUCAGUAAUACGUCCAUACAGCACACCUUUGUUAUACAUUUUUAUUUAUUAGUCAACUCAAACUAUUUAUUUGUUUAUAUAUUUAUUAUUUAUGUUAAAAUCAUACACGCCAUUAUUGUCUUACUGUGGGGACUAAUAGAGGUCCCCACCCAAUGUUCUACUGUCACAUUUACCCCCCAGUUUACACCCAGACAGAAUCAACAUGAACCUGUAUCUACCAGAAAAAAAAGGGCUGAUGGGACAAAUCCUAGUCUCAUUUAGUAUGCACUUCCACACAUACGUUCACACAGUUUGUUUCUUGGUGCUGUUAUUUCUGUAUGUGUUAUAAGUGUGUUGGCGUUUCUGUGUAUUUCGGUGGUCUGGUGCUGUGCACAUCAAAUGGCUAUUAAAAGAGCUCUGUGCUUCCUUCCUUAUAUAUGUUCCUUUUUUCAUUUUUGUUUGUUGCUCUUGUGUGUUGACACUUACUGACAAAUAGAAAUUCCCCUUUGAUAUGAUGCAACCCACAUUUAUGUGCAUUGGGGCGGACAAAUUACUAGAAAUACUAUAAGCUGAGAGUGUGAACUCAAUGGUCCUUGACAGAUUGAAUUACAGACGUCACUUAUAAUGAAUAAUGGAGCCUCUAUGGCAGAAGUAUUUUAAAGAGGAAAUUAUCCAAGUCACACUUUAUUAAAGACUAAAGGAUAUUAUCUGUUUGUCAGCAUUAAUAUUUUUAAAAAAUACUGUAUUUAGACUUGUUUAGGUAGUAAAACCUGUAAUUACAUGCCUGACAUUGAAUGGAGAGAAUAAUAGUAGGAGGAGACAGUCGGGCUAACAAUGACACACUCUCACAAACAUUCUCACUGUCGGCUACAGAAUAAUGCAAAUGUUGUUUGCUUUUUUACAUAUUCACAUCAUAAUCUGUUAGUUAUACGUUUUUGUGAACAAUAAAGGCUAUCUAAGGCACCAACUACAGCUAACAAACAGCUUAAUGCAGCAAUGAUUAUCAUAGUUGCACUUGUUUAACCAGCCAGAUCUGUUACAGGUGACAAAUGCACUGAAGCAUAGCCGGGACUCAUUAGCUCCUUUCCACAGUUCCAUGUUCCAUAUUUUUCAUAUUUAGUGAAUAAAAAAGGAAUAUUAGCAGAUACAUUUUGUAUAUUUAUUCGUUAUAAGUGAGAAUAAAAUAAAAAUGAAACUAAAAAACUUGGUUUAGAUUGCCCAAACCUUACAAAAUACUUGCCGACAGUUUAUUGUGCUUGUAGCUUGAGCAGUAAAGGGCAUUUUUACGUACAGAAAUAACAUGCUCCGUGUAAGAGUAAUGUUCCAUUCUGUAGACCUGAGAGUGACAGUGAUGUAGCUCUUACAUAUUUAAAUGAGAGUUAGUUUUUAAAGUUUUUUUUUUCAGACCCUAAUCUGUUA